AUGGCCGACUCAUCUAGGGCAUCAACUCGAACUGCCUCUACCACCGCUCAACCUGAGCAGAGUAACAAGGAGAAUGCCUCUACUAUCGCUCUUGACAACAAGUCCAGCCCAGACCCAUUUCUAGUCCAGUUCGAUGAGGGUGACUCAGCCAAUCCAAAGAACUGGUCUUUUGCCAAAAAGUGGUACCUCACCCUUGCUGGCGGUCUCCUGGUCCUCAAUGCCACCUUCUCGAGUAGCGCACCAUCUGCUCUGGUACCUACUUUCAUGGAGGAAUUUGGGAUAUCCCAGGAGGUCGGGACGUUGACUGUUUCGCUUUUCGUGUGCGGUUACUGUGUUGGCCCUUUGGUUUGGGGACCGUUAUCGGAACAGUACGGACGACGCCCAAUAUUCAUUAUAUCUUUCUUCAUAUACAUGUGCUUCCAAAUUGGAUGUGCUUUGUCGCAGAAUAUCACAUCCAUUUUGAUUUUCCGUUUCCUUGGAGGUACAUUCGCAGCUGCCCCUCUAGCAAAUUCAGGUGCGCUUAUAUCAGACAUCUGGGACGCAAGGGGACGCGGCACUGCUCUUGCGGUUUUCACUGUGGCUCCGUUUGCUGGACCAGGUAUUGGACCAGUAGUAUCAGGAUACCUUAUUCUAGCUGGUGUCUCAUGGCACUGGCUUUUUUGGAUAUUGACUAUUUUUGCAAGUCCUGCGGGAGUCUGCUGGCUGCAGAUUGUUUUCACGAUUCCUGAGACAUAUAGUCCGGUGCUUCUUGCCAAGAAAGCUAAAGAGAUGCGGAAGCGCACUGGAGACGAGAGAUACCAUGCUGCCAUUGAAUCACAAAACAUGACACUCUCACAGCGCGUGGAAACCAUUCUUGCUCGGCCUUUCAAAGUUCUCUUUCGUGAACCGAUGUUGAUUGCUAUAACUCUGUAUAUGAGCUUUGUCUACGGCUGUAUAUACCUGCUUUUUGAGGCCUAUCCCGUGGUUUUCACCAAGGGGCAUAACUUGGAUGCGGGUGUGUCUGGACUCGUGUUCCUUCCGCUGCCCAUUGGCGGGUUUAUUGCGGUUGCAACGUACAUUCUCUUUCUAAACCCAGAUUACGAGCGCAAAGCUCAGGAAUGCGCACCAAACCCUGUGCCACCAGAGUUCAGAUUGAGGGUCGCCAUGAUCUCAGCGCCAUUCUUUGCCAUAUCGUUCUUUUGGUUUGCGUGGACAUCCUUUCCUAGUAUUUCGAUGUGGGCCCCGAUGAUGUCGGGUGCAUUGCUCGGAUGGAGCAUUUGCUUGAUAUUUCUUGCCCUGUUUAACUACAUCAUUGAUGCAUAUCUGGCUAUCGCUGCGUCGGCGCUAGCUGCAAGUACUGUCGUUCGCAGUCUGUUCGGCGCUGGAUUUCCUCUCUUCGCCACUCAGAUGUACGACAGACUUGGCCCCGAAUGGGCUUCGACGCUACUUGGUUUCAUCGCUCUGAUCAUGAUGCCAAUUCCCUUCGUACUGUCAAGAUAUGGACCAAUAUUGAGAUUCAAGUCGAAAUAUGCUCCAUCCGGACCAUUACCUUCAAGCUCCCCAGCAUAA